UGGAAGACUUACGUGUGAUUUUACUAUUUGUUUUUGUUAUUCGAAAUUACAGUACACGAUGCAAUUGAUAAAAAUUAUAAUCGCAAAUUCUAAAACAUUAUCAGUGAACGUAUAUUGUUUCAAUUGUGGCAGUCAUGUUAAUAUUAGGUAGAUCAUCUGAAACCGAAACUAUGAAGUGUGAUUGGAAACAGGAAUUAGAUAUGAAAUCACUUGUUGAUAGAUGCAAAAAACUUAUUAUUUUGUCAAGUAUUAUUUGCACGUUUGCUGUUGUGAUUUCCUUGCAUAAAUUACUCACCCACGAUGUUAGAAUAUCAAAGCCGUUCUCACCAAUACCUGCUGGUCUCCAUGGAUAUUAUUUAGAGCCUUUUAGUGGUGAAUCAGAACCACAGCAUAAAAGGCAUAACGAGGCACAGGAUGCCGAAGCUGUGGUUUCAUUGAACGCUGCUUUAGAAAUGAAGAAAAAUGGUAAAACUGAAAAAGCAUUAAAAUUAUUUCAACACGCUUUCGCUUUAUCACCGAAACACGCUGAUAUUUUGAAUCACUACGGUGAAUUUCUUGAAGAUAUUAAGAACGACAUAGUAACAGCUGAUCAGUUAUAUACCUUAGCAUUAACUAGUUAUCCAGAACACAAUGGGGCAUUGAUGAAUAGACAGCGGACUGCAAGCAUUGUAGAAAAUCUAGACAGAGAAAUGCUACGAAAGAUUGACGAAAAACGAGAUGCAUUAUUAUCUAUUCCUGAAAAUGAUUCGGCUUUGAGAAGGGCAAAAAAAGAGGCUUACUUUCAACACAUUUACCAUACUGUUGGCAUUGAGGGGAAUACCAUGACAUUGGCGCAAACUAGGAGUAUUUUAGAAACAAGAAUAGCAGUUGCUGGGAAAAGUAUUGAUGAACACAAUGAGAUCCUCGGUCUAGAUGCUGCCAUGAAGUAUAUUAAUGCAACAUUACUAUAUAGAUUGAGGGAUAUUACAAUGGGAGACAUACUAGAGAUACAUAAGAGAGUGCUAGGUCAUGUAGACCCCAUUGAGGGUGGCCAUUUCCGCAGGACUCAGGUGUAUGUUGGAGGUCACAUUCCACCCGGCCCCUCGGAUAUACAUAUCUUGAUGAAUCAGUUCUUAGAAUGGUUAAACUCAGAAGAUGCAAUGGAGCUGCACCCAGUCAGAUAUGCAGCACUUGCUCACUACAAGCUGGUUUACAUCCACCCAUUCAUUGACGGCAAUGGUAGGACAUCCAGACUACUCAUGAAUCUGUUGCUCAUGCAGGCUGGCUAUCCACCGGUAAUCAUAGCCAAACAGCACCGUCAUCUGUAUUAUCAGCACUUACAGACUGCUAAUGAGGGUGAUGUGAGACCAUUUGUCAGAUUCAUAGCUCAAUGCACAGAGCGCACAUUGAACUUAUAUCUGUGGGCGACAAGCGAAUACAGCCACAUGGUUCCUGCUAUCGGUGAGCCCCACAUACUCAGCCCCGAGGGACUUGAUGCAUUUCUAUGAACAAUACACCGGACACCUAUUUAUAAAGAGUCGAAAUAUUUUAAAUUAAUUUUUCCUGGGGCAGGUUGUUCCCUUCCCUAAGUAUUGGCAGCUGUAGUUGUCAAGAGCUGCUUGGUAUUACAGGUCGAUCCUGUCAUCACAGAAAUUUAUUGAUUUAGCUUUAUAUCUAAUAUAUAAAAUUCUCAUGUCAUGGUGUUAAACAUUGAACUCCUCCGAAACGGCUUGACCGAUUCUCAUGAAAUUUUGAGGGCAUAUUGGGUAGGUCUGAGAAUCGGACAACAUCUAUUUUUAAUCCCCCUAAAUGUUAAAAAAAAAUCGUGUGGACCGGGACCCACACGAAUUUUUUUUUUUUAAUUUUUUUGACAUUUUUUUUUAAAUUUGUUUGAUUAUGAGUCACGAUCCCAUCUACGAUCAACAGUUACUUUUGUAUCGCGAUUUUAAUAUCGGCAAUACAACGUUUGCUGGGUCAAAUAGUAUUAUAAACAAUGAAUUCAAGCUCUUGGUUGGUGCAUCCAAUAUACGAUAAUUUAUAUUUAUAUAUUUAAUUAUUUAUGAAAUUAUUUAUAUAUUUAUUACAAGACUCAUAUAUUUGUAAAAUAAUUAAUUCAUUGUAAAAUACUCUAUUUGAUUGAAAAGAUUGGGUUUUUCAGUUUCUUAUAUGUUCUUCUCACUAGCUUAACUUAUUACGAAUAUAAUAUGGUAAAUUCAGUAAUUUAAAAGAAAUAUUUAUUGCUGUUUGAACACGGUUUAUUUGACUUUGAAUAAUACUAGCUGACCCAACAGACAUUUUUCUGUUCUUAAUAAAAAAAAAACUCUUGCGGGUGGAAUUUUGUAAAAUACGUUCUUAUCUGACUUCUACUCGGCGAACGGAAUAUUCUUACCAAAUUUCAAGUCUCUUCGCAUUAUGAAUUACACAGAUAUUGUGAUUAGUCAAUAUUUAGAUGUAAAUCUUUCAUGUAAUAUAUCUGUUUCGUUUCAAAUCCUAUUUUAAAUAGAUUGUGUAAAUAUUUGAAGCUGUAAAAUAGUUAUUUGUAAUAGUGGUAAUGAAUUUUUUGCUACUUCUUCUCAUUAAAGUAAAAUAAUAUUUUAUAUAUCAGUUUAAUGAAGAAGAAUCAACCUGAGGAAUAUUGCGGGACAUGAUCGCAAUAUUAUUAAUUGAAAAAUGAAUUCCAAUAAUCUCUAGAAUAAAGAUUUGAAAAUAAAAUAUUCUUAUGAAAUAGCCAUAAAUUAAAAAAAUAUAUAUACCUCGUCAAGUUCUAGAAAUCUCGACACACAUGUUCUGAGUGCGCUAUUUUAUGUGAAAAUUUUAACACUUCAAGACCUAUAUGGGUUUGAUAUGCCCAUUGCUUUCCCGGGGCAUAAAAAGGAUAGUCCCAGGCCCAAGGAUGUCGUUAGAGGCGACUAAGGGCUAAUUUACCAGUGGGAGGCUCCUUUGCAGAGAAUGCUGAUUAUGGGUACCAUAACGGCGCCUAAUAUUGGCGUGAAGCAGUGAUGUGUAAACAUUAGUGUUUCGGUCUGAAGGGAAUUUACUGGGCAAAUGAGACUUAACAUCUUAUGUCUCAAGGUGACGAGCGCCGCUCAGAAUUUUUUGUGUUUUUCAUGAAUCCUGACCGGUACUGCAUUGUAAUAGGCAGGGCGUAUCAAUUACCAUCAACUCAACGUCCUGCUCGCCUAGUCCCUUAUUGUCUUAAAAAAAUAUAACCAAUAAUGUUUGUUAAUUUAUUAAAUUAAAUUAGGUAAAUAUUUAAUUUUAGUAUAGAUUUUGUACAUAAAAAUUAAUACUUCUAUAACAUGGUAUUUUGUAAUUGUUGUAGGUACAUCGUAUUGUUAGUUUACGUUGUAAGUUUGUUCCACACAUCGUAUAGGCGGCUUUGAUCGAUAAUGACUCCCUAUCUGCCGAUGUGGCGAUUGAAAAGAGCGAUUCACUUGAUUGUAUGAAACGUGCAGUCAUUGAUAGAUUGACAGAUGACAGCUAAAAUCUUGUAAAAAAAGGAGAGGGCCGAAAUCCACUUCGAUUUAAGCGACUGUUCGCUUUCAAACUUAGCCGGAUUAUACUUUGUCGCCAAGCGCCAUACUGUAAUUCAUUGACCUCUACUAUAUACCACUGGACUGGCGGCUGUCAAAGUGCUUUUGUGCCUGUUUGACAACCUCAGCUAAACAAAUAAAACGAAAACAGAACGAAAUCAAUUCAAAAUGUAAAAAUAUUUCUGAAUAUUGUACGUUCCUUCGCAGCCAUUUGUAUUAUACGUCAAAAUUAGUUCUCUGGACGCUCGCGAGUGGCGCUUCAAAUAGGCAAAAAAAAGUUGCUGUCAAACAUAUGGAAUAACCUGUCCAGUGGUAUUUAUACAGGUCAUUGCUGUAAAUACAAAACUAAAUUUCAAUUUUUACUUGGGCAGCCUCUCCUACCUCUUAUUACGUAGUAUUUAUAUCCUCUUUGCAUGCGUGGCAUGCUCGAAUAAGCGCUUUCAUAGAUCAACGCUGUCAACGUGAUGGUGAGCUGCGCUAUGGUUGUACAUAGGGUUCAUAUUACGUAAACAUAAACCUAAACCCUAAACGUACAGUUUGUACCAACAACAUAUUUAAAGAUAAUCGUAGCCGUACUAACCUAGCAUAUCACUCUUGCAUCAAUCGUAUUUGUCGCCAAUUUAAUACAGUUUGUCAAAAUAAUCAGCAACUCAAUUUAUUUAAUUCCACAUCAACCUGCUUUCGUCAUAAUGUCAUUGACUGAUUGCGUAAGGGAGCUAAUUUGUAAAAAUUACUAUUAUUUUUGUAACACUACUUUAAAUAAUCUGUGUGUUUCUAAAUCUUUUGUACAUGCCAGUUAUUUAUAUUUUUGCUAUGUGUCUUUUAAGUCUCCUUGUUGAUAUAUAUACAUUUGUGCAUAAAUAUUGUUGGUUUGUCGAAUAAAGUAAAAUAAAUAAAUAAAUAUUCCUGUAUAUUGUGCUGCAGUAGAAACGUAAACCUACUUUAAAUAGAAAAAUGGAGACGAAGGUUGAAGAUGAAAAAGAAUGAUAUAACUGUAGAUUGCUACAUUGUGAACAUAAAAGGCAUAAUCGCAACAGAGUCAGCAUCGAUCAAAGUUUCUGCGAGUAGAUCCGAUCUAAUAUAAACCUACUGGCGGGCCGGUAGGUAAUGUAAUUUAUAUAAAUGUUUAAUAAUGCCAAAAAUAUUUUGUACUACACCUCGGAAUAUUUCUUAAUUGUAUUGUUGUAACAGCUGAACGGAAGCUGCGUCAUUCACUUCGUCAAUGCCGUCAACUCCGUCAAGGACAUCCCAGCGAAACUAGCACACUAGAACUAAGAAAAAAGCGAUUCACUCGAUUGUAUAACGGCUGUUUUCAAUAACCAAUCUAUUAUUUAUUCAUUAUUCUCUUAGUAUAACUUACUAGAGGUACACAAAUCUAUCCUUGUACGCUUACUUACAUUUCAAAAACCUAUCGACAGAUAGUAUUUGUCUAUCGGCCGUUUUCAAUAACCUAUCUAUCCAUAGUUUAACAUACUAGAUGUAGACAAAUCUAUACUUGUACGCUUACUUACAUUUCAAUAACCUAUCGACAUAAAGCAAUGGGCUAAAACUAUAUUGGACAUAAAUAUGGAUAGAUAAGAUCUUGUCAUUAAACGGUGACAGUAAUGUAUCCGUAACUAGAGAUACGUUAUUGAAAACGGCCGUAAAACGUGCAGUCAUUGAUAGAUCGACAGAUGACGGCUAUAAUCUUGUUAAAAACGGAGAAAGCCGAAAUCCACUACGUUUAAAGCAACUGUUGGCUUUCAAAGUUAGCCUGAUUUUACUUCGUCGCCAAUCGCAUACUGUAAUUACUACUAUUUCAAACUUAUGUCAAAUGACUGCACGUUUCAUACUAAACUAAUUUAAAUUUUCACUUCGGCAGUGCCGCCUCUUAUUACGUAGUGUGUAAACACGGGUAGUAUAUAUAGGUAGGUAUAGUAGUAUUUGAAUACGGACGGAAAAAGGUCCAUUCUGGUUAUGUUUCGUGGGGAGGAAUCAAUUUCUGAUAGGUUCUUCAUUUGUUAUCAUGCCUGGCUUCUGAAUAUUUUGACAGCUAACGUUAGUAACGGCUAGAUAUGAUUUGUAUAACACUAUUUGAUAGCCUUUUGUAAUCUUUAUCAAAAAGAGUUCUAAUAGCUCUUUGUCCAAAGCCGUUAAUAAAUUUAAAAAAAAAAUAGCUCUCUCUAUGUUCAAUAAGUAAAACUCGUGUUUGCUGAAUUGAUAAUAAUUUGUGUUUUAUUUUUCUCGUCGAUGUAGUAUAAAGCUCCGUCUAUCACUAUGAGAGAAACUUCGAUUUCCGAGUCGGGUGUAUUCCCAUAAGUUUUAGUUUGUACAAACAGCAUCUUCGUGGGAUUUGCACUCUUCCAUGGUGAACAUUGUGCUAGGAUACCUAAAGAUUGUUAAAUCUCAAAGUAUUAUUAAAUUAUGUAUUUAUUUUACUUAUUUAUUAAUAAUAACUAUUAUACCUUAGAUUAUUUAUACGUCUUUAUAGAACCUCUUGCUCCUAGACAACCGAUGAAAACAGGCCACGUUCAUUACUUUAGUGUGCGUGACAAGCUGCGUCUUACACCCGCGAUUUGUAUGUCACUUUAUAUAAGUGCGUGCAUUGGUCAAAAUAGAGGUGAACUGUCGACCUCAAUUUUUUUCGACGUUUUCACAGCUGUCACAGUCUUUCUAGACGUAUAAAUGAUCUAAGUAUUAGCUAAGUUGUUACAUUUAAGAUAUUAUGUUUUGAAUUAUGUUAUGUUACACCUCAAUAGUUGGAAAAUUGUAAAUAUUAUAUUUAUUCUAAAUUUAAAAAAUCUGUGAUAACUGUAAAUAUUUUAUGUGCUUACACAGCAAGAAGAAUUAAUAUAAAAUGUAAAUUAAUUUUAUUCAGAAAAUGCAAAUAUUCCCGAAUUUUGAACGAGAUUGUAACUAAAUUAUAUUUAAUUCAAUUCAUAUCGCUAAUAAAAUGAAUUAUGCCUAGUAUGUUGCCUGUAGUCUAUACUAUUAAUUGAAGCUCGUUAUCGAAUCCCUUACAUUUAUGAUUUUACUACAGUUGUUUAUAUAGUUGUCCAAAAGGCUUAGAUUAAGUAUUGAUCUCCGCGGCGCUCCAACUAGAUAACGCACUACCUAAGAACAAUAGGUCUUUUAUUGCAACAACUAUUAGAUGCUUGUGUGCGUGGCAUCUUGACACGCAAUGCAAUCUUUCAAAAUUUGUAACAUACGCUUCGUGUUAUUUUACAUUGAAAUUAAUAAAAUACAAAAUACUUACUGAUGAUAUGUGAUCCCAGUGUCUUUCUUAUUUCUUGUAGUAGGUAUUAUUUUUACAAAGUUUUACUACGCAACCCAUUUUAGUUUCAAUUAUUAUUAGCAAAGUUUAACAGAACAAAUGGCACGUCAACGUCACACAUUGUUCGAGACUGGGUCGAGUACGCGCACUUGGGCGUAGUAUUAGUUGCCACACUUUGCGACUUCGCCUGCGGUAUCGAGUUGAAGCGCUGCGGAGACCAAUCCUUAAUCUAAGCCAAAAAGUGAUAUUAGAUAGACAUUUGCAUCAUAAUUAUUGUAUAAUAUUAGAAUGUUUUUAAUUAUCCUUAUUAAGCGCACAAUUAAAUAUUACAAAUGAAUCACAUUCUAUAUAAGCAAUAGUUGACAAUGUUGAGUCCAUAGACUUAUAAAAUACAAUCGUACAGACACACCGAUACUAAUAAUAUUAAUUGUCAAUGUGUGUUUAUUCAAAAUACUAAUGAACUUUAAACCACUGGACUGGCGGCUGUCAAAGUGCUUUUGUGCCUGUUUGAUAUUCGCCAUUUUGGCGCUGUUGGCCAUGUAGCGAGAGUCUGCGGUACUAAAACUAGUGAUGACAACCUCAGCAAACAUCGAUAGAUGAUGGGAAACUAUUUACAAAAAUAAAAUUAUGUACUUUAUUACGUUGAUUCUUGAAUACACCGAAAACGAACGAUAUUAAUUCAAAAUUCAAAAAUACUUACAGUAUUGUACGUUCCUUCGCAGCCAUUUGUAUUAAACGUCAAAAUUAGUUCUCUGGACACUCGUGAGUGGCGCUUGAAAUAGGCACAAAAAAUUUGCUGUCAAACAUAUGAAACAGCAUGUCCAGGUCCAUUUAUACAGGUCAAUAAGCUAAUGUAAAGCAUAGCUGACUGGUUUCGACUUCAAAAUCGGUUACAGUUUCAAUAGAGUUAGAAAUAUUAUCUGUUGACCGCUUUGUUUACGCUAGGAUAUUUUAAGUGUAUGGUUGAGCCCUGAGUUUGCUCUGUCUAUUUGAGCUUUGUUUGGCUCAAGGUCUUUCAUGUAAGGUCAUUCUAUAGUCACGUUGAAGGCUCCUAAAUUGUCUUCCAUGCAUUUCCAUAAUUUAUCCAAUAUCUAUAUUGCAAUAAAAGCAUCUACAUUGAUA